ACCAACACCAUGACCACGUCGCGCCAGCCCAGACACGCCAGGUUGAACAGAUAGACCAGUGCAAAUUAUCUACGGCCGCUCACCCGAACCGGCGGGGGAUGCGCUAUGGAGUGCGGGGAAGAGCGCUUAUUCAAGCCUUCGGAUAGCCCAGCCCCCAGCAUUUAGAAUCGACCGUCAAACAGCAUAUAUCCUUCUUUUGUGCUGUCUCAGGCUGGCUGUGAGAUAGUCGCCGACCAUUCAAGAUGGCGGACCACCCGGAUAAUGUUCGUCUCACACUGCUGGAGAAAGCUGACCUCAUUCCCGGCUACCUCUCUAUCUUGGCAACUGCCCUCUACAGCGCAGUCUCUGGCAUCUUUCGCGGGAGCACCGGUGCAAAGGAAUAUGGUGUCCAUGUCGGCCACGCGAUUGUGAGGAAGAUGGUGAUGAGGUUCUCGACGCGGCAAAUGCAGUCAAUUUCCCCCUCAACGAGCAAAGCGUAUGAGCAGUUCAUGACCAAACAGGGUCUGCAGGCACAGACCGUGACCCUCAAGCACGGCGGCCGGGGCCACUGGAUCGGCAAUCCCGACGCAAAGAACGUGGUCAUCUAUUGUCACGGCGGCGGAUUCGCCGUCGGCGGCGCACCCGGCCACUUCGACCUCUGCUCGCACAUCGUAGCCGACCUCAACGCAAACGGCCACGACGUCGCCAUCUUCUUCCUCGCAUACACCCUCACCCCGCACGCCGCCUACCCGAUCCAACUGCGCCAGGCCGUCGAAGCCCUCCGCUACAUCCUCACGGAGACAAACCGCUCGCCAUCCAACGUCAUCGUCGGCGGCGACUCCGCAGGAGGGAACCUCGCCUUCGCACUGCUGCUACACCUCUCCCACCCACACCCCGAAAUCGAGCCCGUCGCGCUCUCGACCAACCUUGCCGGCGUGUUCGGGUUCGCGCCGUGGGUCAGCUUCCGCACAGACGGGACCUCGAUGGACGCAAACAGGUACAGGGACGUGAUCCCCGCAGACGGGCUGAAGAAGUGGUCGAGUGCGUAUCUGGCCAGUGGGAAAAGCGAUGCCUGGAGCGAGCCGGCGCUCGCGCCUCUGGAGUGGUGGGCGGAUGCAAAGACCGACCAGGUUCUGAUCCUUGCGGGUCAGCAUGAGAUCCUGUUCUCUGCGAUUGACGACUUUGUGGAGAGGUUCAAGUCUGUUGUGCCGAAUACCACUUGCGUGGUUGGGUAUGGUGAGACGCACGUCGAUGCGGUCUAUAGUGCUUCGUUGAAGAGUACAGAGAGUCAGCAGGGGAAGGAGUUGAAGAGGUGGCUCGGGGCGCGGCUGUAAGUGUUUGUGUGGGCGUGGAUGUGGUGUAUAUAUGCAAGGGUGCUACCAGCCGCGGCUUAUAUAUUAAGGUUACACUGUAUACACAUUACGAUAUCACAUUCAGAUACUGUUUAUGAUAUAUCCCCCUGAGACAUUAAAGUUUUUCUAGUCACACAUGAGCAACGU